CCACUUCCUGUUUAUAGACCAUCAGCGCUCUCGCAAAUUUUAUGGGCAGUUGUAGUUUCUCAGUGUUUGUCUAAAUCCAGUUUAUCGCAGUUUCGUGUUUCAGUGAUACCUGUCGUAGUUGCGAACUUCAACAAAUGAAUAUGUUGCCUUCAUUUUCCAUGGAGACGUGGGCUCUCUUAGUUUUGCUUUUAACGCUCUUGAUAAUAUAUGGGACAUGGCCUUAUGGAUAUUUCAAAAACAUUGGCAUUCCGGGACCCCGGCCUUGGCCAUUCCUGGGGUCAUUUGGAUCAAUGGCGAUGAAAGGUUUCCACCUCUUUGACCAACAGUGUUUCCAAAAAUAUGGAAGAAUGUGGGGGAUCUUUGAGGGCAGAUCACCAGUGCUGAUGGUUACAGACCCUGGGAUGAUAAAGGCAGUUAUGGUCAAGGAGUUUUACACUGCCUUCACUAAUAGAAGGAAAGACGUACUGUCUGGACAGUUGGCUGAUGCACUGACCGCUGUCGAGGACGAAAAGUGGAAGAGAAUCCGAACUAGUCUCUCUCCAACAUUUACAAGUGGACGAAUCAAAGAGGUGUUUCCUAUAGCUGGAGAAUAUGCAAACCGUUUAAUAGAGUACUUGAAAAAGCAAAACUUAAAUGAAGCAAUUAGUAUGAAAGACAUGUUUGGUUUAUACAAUAUGGAUGUUCUGACCAGUACUUCAUUCAGUGUAGAGGCUGAUUCCAUCAACAACCCAAAUGACCCCUUAGUUGCCAAUGUAAAGAAACUGAUGAAUUUCAGCCUUUUCAAUCCAGCCUUUGUUAUGGCCAUGGUAUGUCCUUCAAUGGUUCCUCUUAUGGACAAACUUGGUAUCAGUUUUUUUUCAAAAUCGCUAAUGGACUUCUUCUACAGUACUCUUCAAAAGAUUAAGGAGCAGCAUGGGGAGGAUGACCGCAGAGUGGACUUCCUGCAACUCAUGAUGCGCUCCCAAAUUUCAAAUGAGGAAGCUGAGAAAAGUAGUGAGGAUCAACCUGUUAAAGGAUUGACAGAACAUGAAAUACUCAGCCAGUCAUUUCUCUUCAUCCUGGCUGGAUAUGACACAACUAGCAACACUCUUGGUUUCCUUGCCUACAGUAUUGCAAUUAAUCCAGAUGUUCUAAACAAGCUCAUAGAGGAGAUUGAUUCAGUGUUUCCAAACAAUGCACCUGUCACCUAUGAAAAGCUGAUGCACCUUGAGUAUCUGGAUAUGGUCAUCUGUGAGUCUCAGCGAAUGUGGCCAGCUGCUCCACGUCUAGAGAGGAUGUGCAAACAGACAGUGGUGAUAAAUGGAGUCACAAUCCCUAAAGGCACUCUCGUUGCUGUUCCUGUGCCUGUAUUACACCAUGACCCAGAGCUGUGGACGUCCCCUGAGGCUUUCAACCCAGAAAGGUUCAGCAAAGAUAAUAAGGAGAGCAUUGAUCCAUAUGCUUACCUUCCCUUUGGGAUUGGACCUCGCAAUUGCAUUGGGAUGAGAUUUGCUCUUAUGUUGGUGAAAUUGAUUAUGGUACAGCUGCUCCAAAACUUCAACCUGGAGACAUGCAAAGAGACUCUGAUACCUAUGGAACUGGAUGCGCUUUUUCGACCAAAAAAGCCUAUAAUGCUCAAGCUUGUACCGCGAUCUCAUUUAAAUACUGAAGAAUGAAUAUAAGUCCUAUCACAAUAUCGUCCUCCAACUGUUUCUAUUCAUUUAUCUGAUGCUUUUCCAGUGUAAUCAAAUCCUAAUCCAUGCUGCACAAACAUAAAUGAAAGUGACCUGUACAUUAGUAAAAUUACAGUAAGUGCUUAGUUGUUAAUGGCAAUAUUAAUACACACACCAGACAACAUACAAUAAACAUUUAGCCUAUCAA